AUGGCCUUUGUAGCAUUACGGGCAUGGGAUGGAUUGCAUGGCGCACUCGUCAACGACAACAUAUUCAUCACCUCUCCGAAUUGUACUGGCCUGUACUCCCCACCACUUGGUGUGAACCGAGAAAUGUGGAUGUGGGAAGAUUUUAGGUAUGGUGUUGAUGACCCUCUGGAUGACUCUGAUCCCGACGUUCCUUUGUUUGAGCUCCUGUUGUGGGAAGAUUUUGAAGAACUGGACCCAUCAUCGCUCAUUCGCAGGCCUGGUUUUUGGUGCAGAGAACAUAGAUGCGUAUUCCAGCAAUGUUGUUGGGCAAUCCUCGGUGGUUGCGAGGGUAUUCCCCAUGUAGAUGAGGCUGCCAAAGCAGGAGCUAACAGGGCAGAUGAACUCCUAGGAUAUGCAAGGAUGUUUCUGGAAUGCCUGGACGGUCUGCCCCUCACAUUUCACAGGCUGUGUUUGUGCAUAGCUGAAAUGCAACGACUGAUACUUGAGGCUGAAGCCAUCAAGUUCUUCUUUGGUACCAUUUGCCCUUCAUUCCUUGCACCUGUAUCGGAGCACGUUCCCAAGCCUGAUGCGGACUUGGUUGGUUGCAUCAUGAUGGACAUCAGUGUGGCACAGCAAUUUCACCAGGCAGGAGUGCCGGUGUGGCUCCUGCGAGCCCUUGAUACCCUUCCCCACACACGCAUCAAUGCAGUGGGAAGGCUAAAGACAGCAGAGGGCCGUCUUCAUAUGGGACCUUGUCCCCUUCGUCUCCCUUCAGUUUACGUAGGAGGCGCUGGUCCCACCUCGGGGCACCAAAUCUGUUGUUGUGGAGUCCAGGAGAGCUUCACUCAGAAGCUUCUUGAGUACCAGAGCAUGGGAGUGUGCAGUCGUCUCCCGCCCGGGAGGUUUGCCUACCAUACAACCACACGAGCUGUUCUCGUAAGGGACAUCUGCCCGGCAUGGAAAGUGGGCCUUAGUUCUGUCGAACGCAAACAAGGAAUGUAUAAAUGUCCCAGCAGCACCAUUGCACCUUUCCUCGGGCCUGAUCUAUUUGCCACCAUAGCAGAUGGGACUAAGCUGGAUGAGCGCACUCAAAUGAGCCACCAGAUGUGGAGGGCAAUCCUCACCUAUGACUGGGUGGGCCAGUCGGACAUGAGAGAUAGGAUCAGAGAGAAGAUUACCGAUCGAAGGGAACUAGCAUUGAAAUUCCUGGAGGGAUGUUUGGGAGAAAUGUCUGUUGAGGCCCAUGGAAUCUUGGUGGAAGGCAAAUGGCAAGGCAUGCCCAUCAGAGAUGUCUCCAGGGAAGACGUCCAUGAGAUACACUGGGAGCUAGCCUGA